UUCAACAAACUAAACACAUACAAAUAUUAUUAACCUUGUGCAAACAUCCCAACAAACAAUGUCCCCCAACAAACUCCACUUCCUUCUAAUCCCCCACAUAGGCCCAGGCCACACUAUUCCCAUGAUAGACAUGGCAAAACUACUUGCAAAACAACCCAAUGUUACUGUCACAAUUGCCACAACACCUCUCAACGCUACCCGCUACGGUCCCACUUUAACCGGACCCAUCGAAUCUGGACUACCCGUCCGUUUUCUCCAACUCCCAUUUCCAGCAGCCGAGGCCGGCUUACCCGAAGGAUGUGAAAGCACAGAUAAAAUCCCCAGUUUGGAUUUAGUCCCUAACUUUUUAGCCGCUAUUGGCAUGCUGCAACAAAAGCUAGAACAACGUUAUGAAAUGAUAAAGCCUGUUAACUGUAUCAUAUCUGAUAAGUACAUGUCUUGGACCGGGGAUUUCGCGGACAAGUAUAAACUUCCGAGACUUAUGUUUGAUGGGAUGAGUUGUUUUAAUGAGUUAUGUUACAAUAAUUUGUAUGUAUCUAAGGCGUACGAUGGUUUGCCCGAAACAGAACCGUUUGUUGUCCCGGGUUUGCCUGAUAGGAUUGAGUUGACACGAAACCAGCUUCCACCCGAGUUUAACCCGAGCUCGAUUGAUACAAGUGAGUUUCGUCAGCGGGCUAGGGAUGCCGAAGUGAGGGCUUAUGGGGUAGUGAUCAAUAGUUUUGAGGAAUUGGAAUGUGAAUAUGUUAAGGAGUAUAAGAAGUUAAGAGGGGGUAAAGUUUGGUGUAUCGGGCCAUUGUCGUUAUGCGAUAGUGACAAUUCGGCUCAAGCUCAAAGAGGAAAUGUAGCCGCGAUCGAUGAAGAACAAUGUAUAAAGUGGCUUGAUUCUCACAAGCCCGACUCGGUAGUCUAUGCUUGUUUUGGUAGCCUUGUGAGGGUUAACACGCCGCAACUUAUUGAGCUCGGGUUAGGGCUAGAAGCGUCAAAUCACCCGUUCAUCUGGGUGAUUAAAUCGGUUCAUAGAGAGAAAGAGGUAGAGGAAUGGUUAGCGGAAAGUGGGUUUGAGGAGAGGGUUAAAGAUAGAGGGUUAAUUAUCCGAGGUUGGGCCCCACAAGUGUUAAUCUUGUCUCAUCCGUCGGUUGGAGGUUUCCUGACACAUUGUGGUUGGAACUCGACUCUGGAAUCCGUGUGUGCGGGUGUGCCCAUGAUCACAUGGCCACAGUUUGCGGAGCAGUUUAUUAAUGAGAAGCUUGUAGUGCAAGUAUUGGGGAUCGGUGUGGGUGUUGGAGCGGAUUCUGUUGUUCAUGUGGGUGAAGAAGAUCGGUCUGGGGUGAAAGUUAAGAGUGAGAGUGUUAAGAACGCUAUCGAGAAGGUCAUGGAUGACGGGAUUGAAGGAAAUGAGAGACGAAAGAGAGCUAAAGAGCUCGGAAUAAUAGCUAAUGGCGCGAUAAAGGAGGGAGGAUCUUCGCAUUUGAACUUGACACUCCUGAUUCAAGACAUUAUGCAUUAUACAAAAACUUCAAGUUAAAUGUCUUGAUCUAGCCAACUGGUUGGGUUGGGUGGAAGUGUGGAACGUGUUACAAUGGCUUGGUUUUGGUCGAAUGAUUAGUUCUAAGAUAUGUAUAGGUCACAUAUGCCUACCCUUUUUAUGUUUCUUUUAGUUAUAUACGUAAUUAAUAUAUUAAAUAUUGGUUGCUUUGUACCUAAUUUCAAUAUUGGUUGCUUUAUAUGAAAACUUUGUUUUAUUGAUAAAAGUAUGAAAAUUAUUGUAAUCA